CGCUACGUCAGCAGUGAUACCGAAACAUGGCGGUGUCCAUAGCGCAGCGGCCGGCUGCGGGCGCUCGUUUCUUCAUAUUAACUUUUCUCACAGCCUUCAUAUUUCACCACAGUGUCGCCGAAACCAGCACCGGUGCCUCGGCGUCGCAAGAGCAACCGCACCGCCGGUUCGAGUACAAAUACAGCUUCAAAGGACCGCACCUGUCUCAGAGCGACGGCAGUAUACCCUUCUGGAUCCACACUGGAAAUGCUAUUCCAAGCGCAGACCAGGUGCGCAUUACGCCAUCCCUCAGGAGUCAGAGGGGCUCGGUGUGGACGAAAAACAAAGUUGCGUUUGAACACUGGGAGGCCGAGGUGACCUUCAGAGUAUCUGGAAGAGGCAGAAUGGGAGCAGAUGGUUUGGCUGUGUGGUUCACCAGUACACAAGGCCUCGAUGGUCCAGUGUACGGAGCUGCUGAUCAGUGGAAUGGAGUCGGAGUCUUCUUUGACUCUUUUGACAAUGAUGGAAAGAAAAAUAACCCGGCUAUAAUUGUUGUGGGGAACAAUGGCAACCUUGUUUAUGACCAUCAAAACGACGGCACCACACAAGCCCUUGGUACGUGUUUACGAGACUUCCGCAACAAACCCUAUCCCAUCAGAGCCAAGAUAACUUACUACAAGCAGACACUGACGGUCAUGAUCAACAAUGGUUUCACUCCAGACAAAGAGGACUAUGAGUUCUGCACAAAGGUGGACAACAUGAUUAUUCCUAAUGAGGGCUUCUUUGGCAUUUCAGCUGCCACUGGUGGUUUAGCAGAUGACCAUGACGUUUUGUCCUUCUUGUUAUUCAGACUCACAGAGCCAGGCCAGCAGCCGCCCCCAGUUGAAUCUGAGAUUCCUAAAGAAGAGAAGGACAAGUACCAGGAGGAAUUUCAGAACUUCCAGCAAGAGCUCGAUAAAAAGAAAGAGGAGUUUCAGAAAGAGCACCCAGACGUCCAAGGAGAACCAAUUGAGGAUUUGUAUGAGAGCGUAAAUGACCGGGAGAUCCGUCAGGUGUUUGAAGGCCAGAACCGGAUCCAUCUAGAAAUCAAACAGCUCAACCGGCAGCUCGCUAUGAUUCUGGAUGAGCAGCGACGAUACGUCUCCGUUAUCACAGAUGAGAUUGCCAAGAAGGGGACGAAUGCUGAGUCAGGACAGGUGGAACCAGCCAGUCAACAGCUGGGCUCCGUCAUCGCCGCCCAGCAGGAAGUUCUCAAAAACCUGAACGACCUGAGAAAUUCCUUUUUUGAGUCUCUGAAACAGAUCGGCUCUGUCCAGCACCAGGGUAAUGCCGGCGGUAUGGGCACAUAUGAGACUAUCCAGCACUUCAACGACAUCAAGGAACAUCUGCACGUAGUCAAAAGGGACGUGGAGCAUCUGGUCCAGCGUAAUGCUCAGAAUCCUGGUGACAAGGUUGUAAAGUGCCCAGAGAUGCCUGCCAUGCCUUCCUGCUUAUCCACUGUUCAUUUUGCCAUCUUUGUCGUCGUCCAGUCAGUCCUGUUCUUCUGCUACAUCAUGUACAAAAGUCAACAAGAAGCAGCAGCAAAGAAGUUCUUUUGAUGAACUACGUGUGUAAAUGAGGGAAUGUUCAUUUUCUUAAUUUUUUUGGGGGGUUUGAUUAUUUUUUCAGAUUGUAAGUUAUUAUACUUGAAAAAAAUGGUUUUGUUGAACAAGUUUGUUUUAAUUAAUUUCAGAUUUUUAAUUUGAUCAGUAAAAUGUGUGUGAAUGCCAGCGUGUGACUUGUUGCUCUGGAUUUCAAGCAUGAUGUAUCAUGUUCCUUUCAGUAUUUCUGGUUGGUCAAAAGCUGAAACCUGCCACAAUCCCAUUCUAUGAAACAGAACUGACCUGACAAAAGAACCUGUGUUUUCAAAUGUGCAAUUUUGUAUAAAAAAUACUGCAGAACAAUUGAUGAUAAAAACCCGGACAUCAGUUGUCUACUUCCGUUUAUCUGUUUUAAUUAAGUCAAAUAUGUCAGAAUCUGACAUAUCCUCUACCUGAACAAUUUACAUAAACAGUGAACUCAAA